AUGAGCUUGUAUCAAUUUCUUAUCGCCGUCCGCCAAGCUGAUGGGCAGCAGAUGAUGUCCGAGUCAGGCGAAAUCACCAGUCAUCUACUAGGUUUUUUUUACCGCACACUUAGGAUGAUUGACUAUGGAAUCAAGCCGGUCUAUGUGUUCGAUGGAAAGCCGCCGGACCUUAAAAAAGAAGUGGCACAGCUCGCGCAGCGCUUUGGUCGACGAGAAGAAGCGCGUGAGCAAGAGGAAGAGCAAAAAGAUAUCGGUGCGUCUUGCUAG